AUGCCUCAGAAAGAAUCUGUCUUCACCGACAAGGCCCCGGCGCCUUUGCCUUUCUUCUCCCAGGCAAUUAAGUGUAAUGGCAUGGUGUACUGCUCAGGCUCUAUCGGGACGGAUCCCAAGACUGGGAAGUUAGUUGAAGGCAGCGUUGCGGAUCGAUGUGCCCAAUCCCUCGCCAACCUAAGCGCCGUCCUCGAAGCCUCGGGGAGCAGCAUCGACAACGUCGUCAAGGUCAACAUCUUCCUGACCGACAUCGCCGACUUCGCGACCAUCAACACCGUCUACGACAAGGUCUUCCACAAGGAGCCCAAGCCGUGCCGCACCUGCGUCGCGGUGCACCAGCUCCCGCUCGGCACCGACGUCGAGAUCGAGUGCACGGCGCAUCUGUAA